AUGGCAGUCUUCUCAGUGGUUGAACUCCUGGCCGUUCUCGCGGCGGCAAAUGUGGUCUAUUUCAUUGGCCUCUCAAUCUAUCGACUUUAUUUCCAUCCUCUAGCCAAAUAUCCAGGACCUUUACUGUGGAAGUUGACACAAUGGCCUGAGGCAAAAUCCGCUUGGUCGGGAAGAAGGCAUCUGGAUCUGCAAUUGCUGCACGAGAAAUAUGGCGACAUCGUCCGCAUUGCGCCUGAAAAACUUUCCUUCCGGACUGCGCAGGCACUCUACGACAUUUAUACCGAUCGAAAAGCCAACAUGGUCAAGACCGGCUGGACUCAUACCGGCGAGAUGAUCAACCCGGGUAUCACGACGCACGUCCUCUCCGACCGCCAGCUCCACGCUGCCCGGAGGAAACUGCUCAACAAUGCCUUCUCGGAACGGGCAAUGAACACCCUCGACAAAUACAUGCUCGAACGGAUCCGGGACUGGUGUGCCCACCUCGCUCAAGGGACUGAGAACAGGGAGAAGUCUGCCGGUACAGCAUGGGGCAAAGAACGUGACAUGGGUCUGUGGUCUACUCUGCUCACGGUUGAUGUCCUGGGUGAACUCUGUUUUGGCGCCAGCUUCGGUGCCAUGAAGGCAGGGUCGUGCUAUAUUAUAAAUCUUCUUCUUGCGAGCGCUCGGUUCCAGCAACAGGUCGCUUUCGUGCCAAUUCGCGAAUUCCUCUUCCCUUUCAUGAAACCCAAACCACUCACCACCAUUGGGCGUAUUAUCGGGUCCCAGACUGCCGUCGACAAAGUGAAGUACCGACAGGACGUCGGCGUCUUCGUGGAGAAACGGUUCGCGCUGGAGAAAGCCGACGCCGAGAAAUCGGAAGAGGACAAACGCAAGGACUUCUUCUACUAUCUCCUGCAUGCCAAGGAUCCGCAGACGGGCGACAAAUUCCUGCCCAAGGACCUGGUGGGCGAGGCGGCACUGCUGGUUGGGGCGGGUAGCGACACGAGCUCGACGGCCAUGUCGGCCAUGUUUUUCUACCUUUUGCGCAACGAGCGGGCGUUGCAGAAGUUGCAGGACGAAGUCCGCUCUGCAUUCGCCGACGUUGAGGAGAUCAAGUACUCUGCUAAGCUGACGAACUUACCGUACCUGCGCGCGUGCAUCGACGAGGCGAUGCGCAUGUCGCCGCCCGUGCCGGGCCUGCUCGACCGGCUCGUCCUGCCUGGCGGCGCGGACAUCGACGGCCACCACAUCCCCGCGGGCACCACGGUGGGCGUGCCCAUCUACCCGAUCCACCACAACGAGACGUACUUCCCCAAGUCGUUCGACUACAUCCCCGAGCGGUGGAUUGCGGGCGACGAGUCGUCACGCGUCGCCGGCUUCCUCGUCACGCCCACAUCCGUCGAGGCCGCAAAGGGCGCGUUCCACGCCUUCUCGUCGGGCCCCCGCGGCUGCGUCGGUAAGAACAUGGCCUACAUGGAACUGCUCACCGCGGUAGGCCGCGUCAUGUACCUGUUCGACGUCCGCCUGAAGCAGGGCGAUCGCACGGGCGAGGGCAGUCUGGAGCGCGGAGAGCAAGGCAGGGAGAGGACCGGCGAGUAUCAGUUGACGGACUGGUUGAUCAGUGAUCGCGAGGGGCCCGUCGUGCAGUUCAAGCCGAGGGAGGGUGUUGUGGUUUGA